CUCGACCUCAAACAAGCUAAAUACUCAAUAGAGAGAUAAGUGGCAGAGAUGGCUUACUGUUCCAGUUCUGUACCUCUUACAUCUUUAUUGUAUGUCUUCAUCCUCAUUCUAUCAGGGAUGACAAUGUCAGCACAUGCCAAAAACAUUACCAUUGUUAAUCUUUGUAAGGAGACAAUAUGGCCCGCCAUAAUAACACUCGGUAAUAAUAAUGGCGGCAGUGGUUUCCAAUUAAAAGCAGGCCAAACUGCCUUCUACAGCGCCCCGGAUGGAUGGAGUGGGCGCAUAUGGGGACGUACAGGCUGCAGCUUCGACAACAAUGGCAAUGGCACGUGCCAGACAGGUAGCUGCGGAGACUCUCUCAAUUGUUCAAGCGCGGGCAGCCUGCCAGUUUCCAUAGCUGAAUUUACCAUCGGACAGCCAGACUUUUAUGAUGUUAGUCUCGUAGAUGGCUUUAACUUGCCUAUUGUGGUUACGCCAAUUAAUGGCACAGGUAAUUGCAGUGCUGCAGGUUGUGAUGGAGAUUUGAGGCAAAGUUGCCCAUCCCAGCUCACCUUUAAAUCUAAUGGGAAGGAUGUUGCCUGCCGAAGUGCCUGUGAUGUGUUUAAUACAGAUGAGUAUUGCUGCAGAGGUAGUUAUGGAGAUCCUGGCUCAUGUUUACCCACCAAUUAUUCCAAGAUUUUCAAACAAACAUGCUCUGCAGCAUCCACCUAUGCAUUUGAUGACCGAACAAGUAUUAUAACAUGCUCUGCAAGAGAAUACGUUGUGUCCUUCUGUGCAACAAGAAAUCAAACAGUAUGCUCCUAUCAUGAUCACACACUUGCCUGCAAUGUAUCUGGUGGCCUCAGAUCAUUCUCUAGCAGCUGGUGGAGCCUGAUGCUUGCAAUACCUUUUACUCUCUUUAUACGAUCAUUGUUUUAGCAAAUUCUGUACAGUACUAUUUUCAUUUUUGUGUUUCAAGAUAUGUUAUGUUCAAGUAUCUAAAAUAACAUAUUUUCCCAUUUUGUCUAUUAAAACAAGUAAACAAUGUGCAGGAA